ACUUCGCUACUCGCUGCCGCGCGCGGACGUGAGCCUCGCAAGAAUUUAAAGGUGUACUGUACUUAUGGGAACUGCGCGAUAUCCCGAGUGAUUCUUGAACUUUUUAAUUUGUGUAGAAAGUGAUUACACCGAGUUGAUUAGUUUCCCCAAUUAAUCGAACGUUGUAAAAGUGACGUUUUCAGUGAUAAAGACGAGAGAAUGCCUUCUCUUGUUUCGUGAAGCAAUAACAGAGAAAAUAUUUAUUCUCUUUCCAAGUGUUUAACAACAAAGUGAAAAUGCAAGUCGAAGUACCAUUUGCGAAUAUUGCCCAAGGCAUUUUGCGCCCGGCAAUGGGCACCAUCGCCUCUAUACCCAUCAGACUUGUGCUGAACAAUAUUGGUGAGAGUGAGGCAAGCGGCAGCGCCCGCGUCACGCCAGUACAGCAGCGUCGUCGGCAGGUGCCGACCAAGCAUCCUCACCGUCGCGGUCGUAAGGUCAGCGCACCCCCAGAACUACAGCCACACCUCGGACCCUACAACGUCCACAACAAGAAGCACGCGCAGGGUGGUGCGAUCACCGACUCGACCGACUCCCCUCACUCCGAGUACAUCAUCAACAUCUCUCCAGGAAAUAAUUUUUCCGACGGACUUUACAGUGGUUCCGACUCCGGAGUCACCUCUGAAUACUCCUCGUGGGCUAUCCCUGUCAACGGCCACGUGAGACAGGAUCAAUCGCAAUACGAAGACGACCUCACCCCGCCUGGCGGUUCAGUUGAAGAUCUUGUUAAUGAGAACUCUAAAAGACAGAAGGACAAAUACAAUUUCACUUCUGAUUCAGAGUCUGAGAGCACAGGAAUGAACUCUCCACUGUCCUCUCGUCGCCGCGGAAUGGACAAUGCAGCAUACGUUAACACCGAGCCCAGAGCCCUGGUGCUUGCAGUUGAUGGACCUCCACCUCUGAACAGAUCCAUGACCGAUACUAACUUGCUGGGAACUCACUCAAAUGUCAUUUCUUCAUACACCGGGUCAGCGGCCCAGGCAAGCUCGCUACCAAGAAACCGCAAGAAUAGCAUGGUAGUUCAACUGAACCUCGGGAACCAAAUUGAAACAAUACAGGGAUCAUCCGCUUCAACUCUGCCUGGAGGGAGAUCAGUGUCAUUAGUCUCUUUAAACCAAGCUGGCAUCAGUACUACGCCUAAUGCAAACAAUUAUCCCAACCUUAGCCAGUUUGGUAGCGAUAAUCAGUCCAUUUACAGUGAAAUUGGAACACAGUACAACACGGGCUAUCUAGGUUCAGCUCACCUCGCAAAUGUGAUGGGUUCACAAGGGUCCCUAAAUGGCCUGAAAGAUCACAGCUUAGGCGUAGUAUCAUCUGCCCCCAUGCCCGACGCAGAAGAUCAUGAAUCAGAGCCUACCUCGGAAGAAGAAAAGAAGGCAUGGACCAUUGAAACUUUGGCUGAUAACUUGAGUUUAAUCUAUGCUAUAUUCCUUGUCACUUUAGGAACAGUGAUCUACUUAGCUGACACUUUCAGUGGUCAUGACUCCGCCUUCGCUGAAUCCUUCAACAUUUUCUUGAUAGUCGUUCAACUCGCUUGGCUUAUAUACGCACACAUUGAUGUUCGGCACUACAUCCAAACUAUCAUGAAGGCGAUGGAAGAGGCCAGAGAACGAAACCAAGGCAAAAGCGAGGAAGUCGUUCUGGAGCCCACCGGAGAUGGCCAAUAUCAGCUACGUAUCAACUUGCCGGAACCUAGGAAAACUAUUCCACAACAUUAUGGCUUCACUUCAGGGCGACAUGGAGGUUCCCUCUACUUAAAAAUCGGAGCUACUGUAUUCUGCUUCGGUCACCUGAUCCAUUCCGGACUGAACCUCGGACAGAAGAUCUUAUAUCUGACCGCUGACGAUCCAGCUUUCGAGAACUGCACAUGUACUCCAGACGUCGUGAUGUCUGUUCUGCAGCCUAUAUAUGCAUUCUAUAACCUUUUCUUCGUCUUCAAAUACUCUAAUCUCAUUAUCAAUCGUCGCAAGCUCCUUUCUCGCUUCGGACUCAUGCACUGCAUUGCCGCUUCUCUUUGCUUCUGGAUCUACACAAUCAUGCAAGAAACGUUGCAGGCUAUCGCAUCCAAACAUUACGAUACCGACUACGCAAACGCUUCCGCCUACAGCUCAACGCAAGCUCCACUAGCAAUGCCAUCUUUCAAAAAAGCAGAGAAAGAUUCAGAUGAGGAUGAUGAUGAUGAUGAAGAACCCAUGAAAAAAAUUCAAAAAGCUCUAUACACUGGGACUACAGUUUCUCCAUCAUGGAGCAUCAACUACGGUUGUGAAAAAUCGACCGAACUGACCGAGAUGAUCAAUUACACGACUCCGUACUUGUACCCUUUCAGCAUUGAGUAUAACAUCCUGAUAGUUGGAGUUUGGAUUCUGAUAUUGGAGAACGUUGGCAAAACUGAGCGUCACACUCACAUCCCGUCCGUUGAAGUAACAUACGAAGAAGACAACACCAAAGGCUUCUCUUCCAACAUGAUCAUCUAUGUGGACUGCCACUCGUCCAACCGGGGUCUUUUCGCAGGUCUCCUUUUGACAGUCGCUACCGUCAUCUCAAUCAUCCUCUUCUUUAUCUUCACGUCGUCACAGAACAAUGUCAUGCUUGGUCUGUACGUGAACGCCUACAGCGCGCUGAUGAUCCUGUUGGUGAUGACCAUCGCCACGGCAUUUGCUUACCAUGCAAUCCGGAACCUGGACAUCAUAAAACAUCACAUCAGCAACGUUGAUGACAUUCUACUCAUCAUAUGCCUUCCUUGUAUUCUGCUCUUCGCUUUCUUCAGCUUAGUACCCUCAGUACUAAACGGCAGCGUUUUGUUUGCGGCUGUCAAUAUUAUGCAAGUCAUACAAACCGUACUACAAACCGUCCUCAUCGGAGACGGUCUCCGAAGAUGUUCCAACUCUUCAAGCUUACAACAAAAGAAACCCGGGCGAGAAGUCGUCACUUUCUUGGUGGUGGCCAAUGUCGCGCUUUGGCUAUUAGAAACAUUCGAAAUCAAGAGUGAUGCAGGGAAUGCGGACAAAUAUGCAUUCUAUGGCAAGAAUUUGUGGACGCUGUUGUCUCACUUGACGCUGCCUCUGGCUCUAUUCUAUCGCUUCCACUCUUCCGUGUGUCUCGCUGAUAUGUGGAAAGCUUCUUACGAGCCAGAGAGUGAACACUAGCCUCCUCCCACCUUCUGCCUGCUGCUGGCCAGCGUCUCGAACAACCAACUAGCUCGGUGCUAAGAGGAAAGCUUCAACAGCAUGCAGAUUUCAAUGUGCUUCUAAGUCAAUUUAAAGAGCCAUAUAUUAUCAUAUGGAUCUUUUCUUCAUCUACUUUGUAGAUUUGAAGUCAUCGUUGACGCUAGUUCAGCACUUCCAGCAGCCGCUGAACUUGUACAAUUCUGCUGCAGCCACAGGGAGUGUUUUCAUCCAUAACCUUCGUUAAAUUCAAGAACCGCAUAUCGAUGGCUUCAAACUCAUCAAACGAAGCCAGCUGGUUCACACGUCUCCUUGGGAGAUACUAGCUAGAGAUUUAUUACGCAGGUUAUUGUGGCUGAACGGCACCAGUAGACAUCCAGUGCAGGAUAAGGGCAAGUUGGCGGUAUCGGUUUUGUUGGACGACUAGCGCCAUCAUUCUUGUACAUAGCGAUCAUUUUUCGCACUCAUCUACUCUUGACAUGAUCAUCAUCCUGUAUUUAUGAUUGAUGUGUAAAUAUUAUAUACCCAGGCCACUAGAAUGUGAUAUUUAGAUUCUAAGUGCUGCCCGGUUCUAAUCUAUUGUGAUUGAACUUGUGUAAAGGCUCACUCCAUGCAGGUUUGGGGACGUUUUGAUCCAAACUAUACAUUGCCUGAUUUCGAUAGUUCAGAUUUUUUAGGUUAGGCUUCUUAUGCUUUAUGUCAUCGCUUAUGCUGAUGGUGAUUGAGAACCCACUGUGAUUUCGUACGGCUUCCAUUGAUAAGUUUGCGAUUACCGUGGACGCAGUUUUGAAGAUGAUGUUAUAUAUAGAGCUACAGGGCAUUAGACACAUGACAAGACGGUACAUCGUGUACACUUAUAUAAGAAUAUCUUAUACCUAAUAAUUAAGCUCGAGCGAGAUUCAGAGUACGAAUCCAUGAUGUACUAUGCCAAAUACAUAGUUGAAAAGCAAAUAUACGUAUAAAAAUAUAA